AUGUCUGGUUUGGUCGCGGUCGCAAACGAGAAGAUGAGCUCGUCCUCUCGUGUGACCAAGGAGGGGAGGAAAUUGACGUAUCAGUUGAACGUUAUUCAACAGCCUGAGCGUGCUCGUGCUUGCGGCUCUGGUGCAAAAUCUUCUGCCGAUCGACGACCUGUUGACCCGCCUCCAAUCGUGGAGCUCCGAAUUUUUGAGGGCGACGCCAAGAACGAUGUUACCUUCUCCUAUAAUGCCAACUUUUUCCUCUUUGCGACUUUGGAAAAUGCUCGUCCCAUUGCCCAAGGACGCGUACCCGUAACGCCUGCAUCUUAUCCUGUUCUUACCGGAAUGCCCGUUGCUGGAAUGGCCUAUCUCGACCGUCCUCUGCCCGCUGGUUACUUCAUAUUCCCCGAUCUUUCUGUUCGACACGAAGGAAAAUACCGCUUGAGUUUCAACCUCUUUGAAGAAGUCAAGGAAUCAAAGGACUUUGAUAUGGAUGUGAUUGCGGGGAAACCAGACAUCAACGGCCAACUUCCCAAUGUCUCUGGAUAUCCUUCGCCUACCGCCCACGCAUAUUGGCGAUUGGAGGUCAAGUCGAUGCCAUUUACCGUUUUCAGUGCCAAGAAAUUCCCUGGUCUAGCGGAAAGUACGUCCCUCAGCCGUAUCGUGGCCGAACAAGGCUGUCGUGUUCGCAUCCGACGCGACGUUCGCAUGAGACGACGCGAUGGCAAGGCCAAGGACUGGGAUGGAUAUGACGAAGAAAACGCUUAUGUGAGGGAGCAGCGACGAACUGCCACGCCAGAUGUUUAUUCGCAGGCGGCGAUUUCCAAUGCUCAACCUUUAGUGGACCACCAGAACAGACCUCGCUCAGUGAGCAUCGUCAGCGGCGAUGGACAACCUGCUCCGUACGCCAUGCCUCCCCAUCGCCGCCCUUCGGUGCACGAGAUGAGCCCAUACACCACGCAACCGUAUCAACAAGCAUAUCCUCCGGCCCACGUUCCACCUCAGCCCGUUCCCUCCGCUUAUCCUUCACAUCUUGCGUUUGGAGCAAAUCCGGCACCCCAGUAUCAGGCGCCACAUUACAGCGCCCCUCAACCUGUUGCCCACCCACAGCCCGCCGCGCUGCCUCCCCAUACUGCACCUGCUGCGGCAUACCCACUGCAGCCUUCUGCUCACGUUCGACAAAUGUCUGCGCCACAGGUCUACGGUUACGCAGCACCGCAGCAAUAUGCCCAGCCACCCUAUUCGCAACCCGUCGCUGUUCGUCAAGAGAAUCUAGACUAUCGUCGGGACUCUGCACCUGCCCCAUCCAGCUAUGCUAGCCAACAUAUGCCCGUUUACGCUGCCGAAAACGCUUACAGCAGCGCUCAGCCGGUUCACCAACCCUACGCCACCGUUCCUCCACCUCCCGCGCCUACUCCUGCUAGUACCACUUCCAACGCUGCUCCCGCACUCCCUCCACUCAAGACUCUGCAGCCGUCUCUGAGCAACACGUACGAGACGAAUUCACCAAUCACUGCCACUCCGGGUCCCAUUUCUGCUGCCAGCGGCUCUAGCCUUUCGGGCGGCUAUGAGAGUGCUAAAUCGAGAGCAUACUCGCAGUAUCCGACUCCCCAUUCUGCCUCCACGAUUGACUCUGCCCGCUCCUCCAAGCGUCCAUUUGGUUCCGUGUUUAGCUCUGCUCAUCUGGAGAAGCCUCUUCAGGACGGCAUGCGCCCAAACACUGCGCAUCACGGCCAGGACAUGGUGCAGGCUGACUACGAUGAGGAGGAAUUCGACAUGUAUGAUAUGCAGGCUCUACGGAUGCGGUAUAAGCGUGCAGAUGGCACAGAGAUUAGUCGCCGAGCCCCCUUGUCGGGUUGA